CUAUGGCUGCGAUCGUGGGCGAGCGUUCCGGUACUGAGGAGGCCUGCCGGCACAUGGAAUCUAAGGAAGAAUUCGUUAAAGUCAGAAAGAAGGACCUGGAGCGGCUGACGACGGAAGUGAUGCAAAUCCGGGACUUCUUACCCAGAAUACUAAAUGGGGAGUUACUGGAAAGCUUCCAGAAGUUGAAGAUUGUAGAAAAAAACCUGGAAAGAAAAGAACAAGAAUUAGAGCAGCUGAGAUUGGACUGUGAACACUUCAAAGCCCGGCUAGAAACUGCACUGGCAGACAGUGGGAGGGAGAAGAAGGAGAAGUUGGCUCUUCGACAGCAGCUGAACGAGGCAAAGCAGCAGCUCCUGCAGCAGGCAGAGUACUGCACGCAAAUGGGGGCUGUCACCUGUACCCUCCUCUGGGGCGUUUCCAGCAGCGAGGAGGUCGUCAAAGCCAUUCUAGGAGGAGACAAAGCAUUGAAGUUUUUCAACAUCACUGGUCAGACUAUGGAGAGUUUUGUGAAGUCAUUGGAUGGGGACGUCAAGGAGGUUGACUCUGAUGAAAAUCAGUUUGUCUUUGCUCUGGCUGGAAUUGUAACAAAUGUUGCUGCUGUUGCGUGUGGGCGUGAAUUUUUGGUGAAUUCCAGCCAGGUGCUCUUGGACACCAUGUUGCAGCUGCUGGGGGACUUAAAGCCUGGCCAGUGCACCAAACUCAAAGUUCUAAUGCUGAUGUCCCUGUACAAUGUGAGCAUCAAUUCAAAAGGCUUGAAAUACAUCAGUGAGAGUCCUGGAUUUAUCCCCUUGCUGUGGUGGCUUCUGAGUGAUCCAGAUGCAGAAGUGUGCCUUCAUGCCGUGCGGCUCAUCCAGUCUGUGGUUCUAGAACCAGACGUCUUCUCCAAGGUGGCCUCUGAGCUCCAGAGCUCCUUGCCCCUGCAGCGCAUCCUGGCCAUGUCCAAGAGCCGCAACUCCCACCUGCAGUCCGCUGCCCGGGAGCUCCUGGAAGACCUCCGUGCCCUGGACUGUAGUGUUUAGAUGUGCCCAACUACCGGAGCUUGGUGAAAGUGCCAGUGGCCUGUCCCCUCCUGAGCUUCUACCUUUGUGUUCAAAACUAGUAUGUCACUUAUGUCACGUGUUAGAGAUCACAGGCCUUGAGGACUAGAGAUGAGCAUGAUGGGUAAGCAUCCUGUGUCUCCCUUGGGAGUGCACACUGGUCAGGCAGCUGGUUAAUUUUGCCAGAGCAGUGACCCCAAAAAGGUUGUAUUCUCCAGAAAGGUCACCUCAGAACACUUGGCUACUCUGAGUUUUCGCAGAGUAGCGUCCUGCUGCCCUGGAGGCUGCCUGCGCGUGGAGUUGGACCACCACCUCCCAUGUGGUCUGUGUUCCAGCAGCAUUUCUGUGAUGGCCCACCCCCUUCUCUGGUAACCAUGACCCCACUGCACAGGUUACCUUUGUAACCUUUUAUGACCUGUUACUUCACAUGCAAUGGACAGUUGAUCUCUGUCUCCGUGCUUUUAUUUUUGAAUAAAGUUGAGUCAGUAUCAGUUUCUGAAUAUAAUCUUGGGGUUAGGAAGUUGGUGUCCUUUGUCCAUUGUUAUUUGUUUAGGAAAACACACUUUCCUUAUUUUGUUCUGGCCUCUUGACUAUGAACUUAAAGCAAGUAUGGGGAAUGGCUUCAAGAUGAGCAGUAGGAGGUCACAUUCCAUGACGUGGUCACCCAUCUGCCUACGCGUGCGUAGGCUGCUCUGUCUGUCUGUGCAGCCAUUCGACUGCCUAGCUUCUGUUCUAAGAAACUGGCAGAGGACAAAAGAAAGCAUGCUGCCCCUGUCACAGGUGGUGAGCUGUGCGAGAGAUUCCCACAGAAGCCUCUGGCAGGACAGGAUACUGCAGGGCAUUGAGCUGGGGCAUCCUGUAAGGAGGAAGUGUGUGUCCCCUUGCAAUGGCGGCUUCAGCACACACGUUGAGCUGCUUUCCUGUGUGUGGUGCUGUAGAGUGACUUCAUUUUCUUUUAAGAGAAUAUGUACUGUAUGUUGAACGAAGAACUUAAGAGAAAGUAUGGCUGCUUGACUCUGUGGAGCACUAACUCAGCAGAGCCAGGGAGAGGAGCACUCAGGAUUCAUGGAGGGGAGGCCGACGUGGGUCCGUUUGUGCUUGGUGGCUCUGUGGGUCCCGAUGAAGGGUGAGUGAGUGCACACCCAAUCAUGGCACCCCAACCUUCUGCUUGUUUAGUGUCCUAGCAAGGGGAGCUGUUGUGAUCCGCUUGUGCCUCUCAGGAUUGCUGGGCUUUUCUCUACCAAAAAGGCCUAGCCUGGUGUCCUAGUGUAGAUUACAAGACACUGCCAGCCAGGCGGUGAUGGCACACACCUUUAAUCUCAGCUCUCGGGAGGCAGAGGCAGGCAGAUCUUUGUGAGUUCCAGGACAGCAAGGGUGGCACAGAGAAACACUGUCUCAAAAAAACCAAGAAGGAGGAGAAGGAGGAAGAAGGAAGAGGAAGAAGGAGACGGAAAAGAAAAGGAAACCAGAACCGCAGCACAGGCAGCAGUAGUGGCUACCACUGCCCGUCCUCAGAACACCAGGUAGCUUGGCAGUUAUUAGAUGGUCAUGAGGGUAAAGAUGUGAUCAUCCUUUCUCUUCUGAGGUACACUGUAGGCAAGGAUUUCCAGCAAGAUUCUCCUAGAAUCGCUACGCACAGGUGUCCUUUGUGAGCACCAAAGGGAGCACCAAAGGACCCAGCCCAGUGACCCCACUCUUCACUGCAGGGCUGACAGGAAAUCAUGGUCUCCUUGGUUUCUUCUGUAUGUAGCCACUUAAAGAAAACCUAGCAGCUAAAAAAUAAAAAUACACAUUGAGGU